CCCGGCGGCUCCGGCGCCCCGGGCGGGUUCUCGUACGGACCUGCCUGCACCUCGCCGUUUGACCACCUCCGCUCCGCCCUCCGCCCCCAGCCGAGACCCCGCCCAGAAGAGGCGCCCCCUGCCUCGGCCUCUGGGCCCCUGCGAAGCUCCGGGGGUUUUUGCAGACGUCGGGGUCGGCCCAGCUGCACCUGGGCGGCUCCCGCCCAGGGCGCCACCCCCCGCGCCACCAAGAGAACUUUCCCCGGAGCCGCCGUGGCCUGGCACGCCCAGGGCACACCCCCGCCCGCCGCGUUCCCAACCGGGGCGCCCGCCUGCAAGUCCUUCGACUCCCUGCUUCUCUGAAUCUCCUGGAAGAGCAGCUCUCGCCGCCGCUGCAGGGCGUUCGCGGAGGGAGAGCUUGAACUUGGCCACACACAGCGCCCCGUGAUGAGCUCGGGGGUCCCCAGACGCAAGCCGCGCCCCGCAACGAGCUGACCUCCACUCCCCGGUCUCGGACUGCGGGAGGGGCCGGACGCCCCCGCCUUCGGAGGAGCCAGAGCCGCAGGAUGCGCGGGGCCGCGCCGCCGCCCUCCGCGCCCAGUUCCGCCGGCGCUCCCCCGGCCGCUCCCGGGCGCUGACUCUUCGGGGCUUCUCCGCCCUUCUUGUCUCCCGCCCGCGCGGGGCGGCUCGUCCGCGCGGCCCUGGACCCUGCCGGGAACUGUUCCUCUCGCCCUCGCCACGGCGCGGACAAUGAAUUAAUGCCUCGCGCUUGAGGGGAGGGGACGGCUCGGCGCCUGGGUCGCUGCUUUUCUCGCCUGGCUGGAGACGCCACAGCCGACAUGGGCUGUUUCUGCGCUGUUCCGGAAGAAUUUUACUGCGAAGUUUUGCUCCUCGAUGAAUCUAAGUUAACCCUCACCACCCAGCAGCAGGGCAUCAAGAAGUCAACGAAAGGUUCCGUUGUCCUUAACCACGUGUUCCGUCACAUAAACCUCGUGGAGAUAGAUUAUUUUGGGCUGCGUUACUGUGACAGGAGCCAUCAGACAUAUUGGCUGGAUCCUGCAAAAACCCUUGCUGAACACAAAGAACUGAUUAACACUGGACCUCCAUAUACUUUGUAUUUUGGUAUUAAAUUUUAUGCCGAAGAUCCUUGUAAGCUUAAAGAAGAAAUAACCAGAUAUCAGUUUUUCUUGCAGGUGAAGCAAGAUGUCCUUCAGGGCCGGCUGCCCUGCCCUGUCAACAUUGCUGCUCAGCUGGGAGCAUAUGCCAUCCAGUCUGAACUUGGAGAUUAUGACCCAUAUAAGCAUACUGCAGGAUAUGUGUCAGAGUAUCGGUUUGUUCCUGAUCAGAAGGAAGAACUUGAAGAAGCCAUAGAAAGGAUUCAUAAAACUCUAAUGGGUCAGGCUCCUUGUGAAGCGGAACUGAAUUACUUGAAGACUGCCAAAUCCCUGGAGAUGUAUGGCGUUGACCUCCAUCCCGUCUAUGGAGAAAACAAAUCUGAGUAUUUCUUAGGAUUAACUCCAGUUGGUGUUGUUGUCUACAAGAAUAAAAAGCAAGUGGGGAAGUAUUUCUGGCCUCGAAUUACAAAGGUUCACUUCAAGGAGACACAGUUUGAACUCAGAGUACUGGGAAAAGAUUGUAAUGAAACCUCAUUCUUUUUUGAAGCUCGAAGUAAAACUGCUUGCAAGCAUCUUUGGAAGUGCAGUGUAGAACAUCAUACAUUUUUUAGAAUGCCAGAAAAUGAAUCAAAUUCAUUGUCAAGAAAACUCAGCAAGUUUGGAUCCAUGAGUUAUAAGCACCGGUAUAGUGGCAGGACAGCAUUGCAAAUGAGUCGAGAUCUUUCUAUUCAGCUUCCCCGGCCAGAUCAGAAUGUGGCAAGAAGUCGAAGCAAGACUUACCCUAAGAGAAUAGCACAAACACAGCCAGCUGGAUCAAACAGCAUAAAUCGGGUAACGGCGAACGUGGAAAAUGGAGAAAAUGAAGGAACGACUAAAAUUAUUGCACCUUCACCAAUAAAAAGCUUUAAGAAAGCAAAGAAUGAAAACAGCCCUGAUGCCCAAAGAAGCAAAUCUCAUGCACCGUGGGAAGAAAAUGGCCCCCAGAGUGGACUCUACAACUCUCCCAAUGACCGCACGAAAUCCCCCAAAUUCCCCUACGGGCGCCGCCGAAACCCCUCCUGUGGGAGCGACAAUGACUCUGUACAGCCAACGAGGAGAAGGAAAGCCCAUAACAGUGGUGAAGACUCAGAUCUAAAGCAAAGGAGGAGGUCGCGCUCACGCUGUAACACAAGCAGUGGUAGUGAAUCGGAAAAUUCUAAUAGAGAACACCGGAAAAAGAGAAACAGAAUACGGCAGGAGAAUGAUAUGGUAGAUUCAGCGCCUCAGUGGGAAGCCGUAUUAAGGAGACAAAAGGAAAAAAACCAGGCAGACCCCAACAACAGACGAUCCAGACACAGAUCUCGCUCGAGAAGCCCCGAUAUCCAAGCAAAGGAAGAGUUAUGGAAGCAUAUUCAAAAGGAACUUGUGGAUCCAUCUGGAUUGUCAGAAGAACAAUUAAAAGAGAUUCCAUACACUAAAAUAGAGACUCAAGGUGACCCAGUCCGCAUCAGGCAUUCUCAUUCGCCGCGAAGUUACCGCCAGUAUCGCAGGUCCCAGUGCUCAGAUGGAGAGCGAUCCGUUCUCUCGGAAGUGAAUUCUAAAACAGAUCUCGUACCUCCACUUCCCGUGACCCGUUCUUCAGAUGCUCAGGGUUCUGGUGGCUCCACAGUUCAUCAGAGAAGAAAUGGGUCUAAAGAUAGCCUGAUUGAAGAAAAAUCUCAGACAUCUACAAGCAAUCUGGCAGGAAAACACACAGCAAAAACAAUAAAAACCAUUCAAGCUUCACGCCUCAAGAUGGAGACUUGAUCCCAGUGAAGAAGGGCUUGACAUGGGGGAUGGGAAGGGUGUGUGCCACUUUUACUUUGAAACUGUGAAUUAUAAUUAUUCAAAUAUCUUGGACCCGCAAAAGUGUUUCUUCAAAAUAAUCGAGCCUGUUGCUUCUUUAUAAGGUUUGACUAGAGCAUAUUUGUGCCGAAGGGCCUUUUUAUUUGGUAACUGGAAGAAUGGUGGUCUGGUAAAAACUCCUUCACUUGAUGCCAUAUUUUCCUUCCUGGAAACUGCGAGUAUCUCAUGUCCACCACAACCAAGACCAGAUGCUUCUGAUCCAAGUUCUGGACUCCCAGACUGCAGCUAGCUAGCUGUGCAAUAGUACACCAAAGGGGAUGAAAAGGUUCUUCCCAAUUCGAGGUGCAUCUCAGACUGUGCACAGAUGCAUGACUGAGGGAUCCCUUUCAGACUGCAGAUAUUUUUAUUCAUAUAAAUAUGAUCUUUGUUAAUACUGUAUUUUGUGGCAUUAAGUUCCACUUGUUAUUUACAAAUGUAAAAAGUUUUGUUUGU